GGAAAUCAGAUUGCUAACGUUUCUUUGAAAUGCUAAAUAUAGUUUUAUUUACUUUUACAUUGACAUUAACAUUCUUGUGUCAUAUUAUUGCGCUGUUAGUGGAUUACUUAAUGAAAGUCAGUAUUCUCUUUUGUUAGAUAUAUGUUAAAGAGUUUAGACCGGCUGACGCCAUAGCUGGACAUUCCGGAUAUCUUUGACGUACCAAUAUUUAGCAACACAAAAUGGCAAUUCAUGCAGACAUCCUUUCAUGAUAUAUAUGAUACGGAACUUACCGUUCGACAAAACGGAGAACAGCAAAUGAUAAAAAUUGCAAUUGCUUUGAGCAGUUGUAUCAACUUCAGAUCAUUAUUCUGCACAAGUUCAAAGUCUCAAGUAUAGCUAGGUUUACACUUCAAAAUCAACGUUAGCAGCGCUUUAGAUGUGAUUGAAUAUAAACCAUAUUCAGUCGUUUAAUGGAUAUUGAUUAAAACACUAUCAAAACAUAACUGCUCGUAUGAAAUAUUUUGAAAGGUAGUAAAAUCUCUACUCAGAAUGGCCCCUUUGGAGAUACGAUAUGAAGCUGCAAUGGUAUUGAGUGCCGUUGGUGAUUCAUUAGGGUAUAAAAAUGGAAACUGGCUUGAAUGUACAAGAGGACCUCAUAUCUAUAAAGAACUAACAGAACUCGGGGGAGUAAAGAGUAUAAAUAUCAAACCUCCGGAGUGGAGACUUAGUUACUGCACCUUGCUGCACAGACACACUGCCCAUGCACUUACUAUAGACAAGUAUAAAACAGCAAAUGACUUCGCAUACUGGCGUUUAGCGAAAUAUUAUCAGAGUGAUAUAUAUGAUAUUGAUAAACGCCAUCCGGACGAAACGUUUUUUGCGUCAAGGGAACUUCUCAAUCCUGAUAUUGACGCAGAAUGCAUGGUUCCUUUCAACGACGAUGGUGUAAGUUCUGCAGCUGCUGUAAGGGCAAUGUGCAUAGGUUUGCGACAUCCUAAUGAUUGGGACGUAAACAAUCUGAUAAAACUCAGCAUAGAGAGUGGUCGAAUGACACAUCAUCAUCCAGUUGGUUACCUAGGUUCUCUAGUCACUGCGUUAUUUACAUCAUACGCUAUCCAGAAGAUUCAAGUUCGACAGUGGGGAAGCAGACUGAUGAAAAUAUUUCCAAAAGCGUUAGAAUAUGUCAAAGAACAAGGCAUUGCUGUAGAUGAAAACGUUAGGACAUGGGACGAAUUCAUAGACAAAUGGAAAACCUACAUAAAACUGAGAGGAAUUGAGACCGGCACAGCUGAUCCAAUCUUUCCAGACGGUUAUAAUAGUGACAUGAGUGAAGAAUUUUACAAAUCAAUUUCCACUGAUCGACCUGGUAGAAGUGCUUGCGAAGCAACAUUAAUCGCAUAUGACGCAUUUCUCUCUUUUGACGGAUCUUGGGAAGACUUGUGUGUCAGGUCCAUAUGCCAUGGGGGAUUGAGCAAUGUUACAUGCGCAAUAGCUGCUUGCUGGUACGGAGCCAUGUAUGGAUACGAUGAGGUUAACAAGUGUAAUUACACAACAGUUGAACUGAUGAAACAAAUAGCGGGACUUGGAGAACUGUUAUACCACCACUCAGAUCAUAGUUUUCUCCACAAAGUAGAAGAACUUCCGUUCACUUUACCAACAGAAAACCCAGUUGAACUUAACGUCGCGUUACCAGAAGUCGAUGACUAUAUAUACGUAAGGGAAGGGAAGAAGAAUUUGAAUAGUUUGAUAGACGAGGAGGUCGAUGAAAUAAGAAAAGAUGUUACAACAGAUGAAGCUGUUAGCAUAGGGAAUGCGAUUUACUCUCAUCUUCGUCAUUUCCUUGAUGAGCUUGGAACAAAAGACCCUGAGUGCAAGGUGUCAGAACUAUUAAAAGUUGGAAGUUUUCAUGAGGGCACAAAGAUCUUCUCUCCUGAUGAGUUUGAUUUCAUUGCAAUUCUUUCGGAACUUUCAAAACCUGGUGCUUUCACCGUUAUAAGUAGCUUAAAUGAAGAUGAUAGAGUGGAUCUUCACUUUGGGAACGAUAGUAUAGCGUCAACACUAGACAAAGAAAAAGUAUCACAUGCCGCUUCCGUAAUGGAACGAUUUAGUACGAAAUUGUACAACACCAUUAUGACAGACAGAAAAUCUAAAGCAAGCGUUAGCCUUUUCUGUCAUCACGAUCGGACAGAAUGGAUUGCUCUUCCACCUAUGAAUAAAACUGAGCUAUCGGUGCGAUUCUGUGAAGCAAGACUUCCAAAUAUGGUCUGGGAGUUUCUCUACCAGAAUCGAAGAAUUUCUGUUGAUAUUACCAUAGCCAUUAAGUACAGUAACGUGGACGAAUUGUACAAUCCAGAGGUUGCCACAAUUCCCACAAUAGGUAAAGCUGUCACAGAAAGGGGUUCGCUUUUACUUGUAGCAUAUAUUGAAGGAUUCAGGAAAACCUUUACUGAAACAGAGGUUCAUUAUGUCCGCACAUGUUUGGGUAAAAAUCACAAAACCCUAUACAUGUUCUUGAAGCACUUGAGUUACAAAUACGGGGAACACCCUUUCUUACAGCUGAAUGGAUAUCACCCGUUUUCGUCAUAUAUGCUGAAAACGAUAUGUAUAUAUCACGACCAAAACUGUAAGGCUGAAACGGCUGAACACGAAGCAUGUCUUCAGGAUAUUGUCGCAAUAAUGGACGAAAGCAUAAACAAUGGAUAUCUUCAUGAAGCUGAAAUGUUCGAGGAAACCGUUAUUGGGUAUCUUCCAAGUAUGUUCAACAAAUCAAAGAAUUUGUACAAAGAACCGGAAAAACCUGUAGAUCGUCUGAAAGAACUAAGGAAAGUAAUGAUACGCGAUAUACGACAGAUUUAUCUUUCUGGGAAAAAAUGGUCCGGCCUUCGUCAAUUUAUGAAAGAAGCGAAUGAUGUAACUGCAACGUCUGCAGAAGAGGUAUGCAGCAAAGAUUGGUCGGAUUCACAUGGCCUUAUUAUGAUGAAAGUGAAAUGAGAUCAUAAAUCAAAAUGAUCAUCGAAAAACAUUCUCUGCCGGGACAGACAGUUGUUUAAGCGGGCAAGAAAUAUUUGUAGACAUAUGAGAGCAUAUGUUAUUCUAUUUUUUGUAUCAUAAAUAUGUUAAUCGGCCAAUACAAUUUGAUGCAUUUUUUCUUCCCUUUUUGCAAUAUUUUCUGAUAAUUGUUUCGCAAUUUAGUCAUUUAAAUUAUAACUGUUCAUUAUCACACGAAAUGACAAUAUAAAUUUCAAAUUUAACACAUUUGAAAACAAACUUUCAUCACCUACCUGACCAUGUCAAAUAUAAAUCUACUAAUCAUAAAAGUGAAUAUUUGCUCAGGAACAAGUUUGAUUUUAAAUUUUAUAAAGUAUACAGUACAGUAAAUUAGCUAAUUGUAUAACUGUUGAUCAGAACUUUAAGGUAUGAUGCAUCCGUCGUCUGUCGUCUGUCAACAUUUAGCUUGUGUAUACGAUAGAGGCUGUAUCUUUUAACUGAUUUCUAAUGAAAUUUGGUCAGAAUGAUUACCUUGAUGAAAUCUAGGCCGUCUUCGAAAAUGGGUCAUCUGAGGUCAAAAACUAGGUCACUAGGUCAAAUCAAGGAAAAACCUUGUGUAUGCGAUAGAGGCUGUAUUUUUCAAUUAAUCUUCAUGAAUUUUGGUGAGAGUGAUAAUCUUUAUGAAACCUAGGGUGAGUUUGAAAAUGAGUUAUCUGGAGUCAAAAACUAGGUCACUAGGUCAAAUCAAAGAAAAACCUUGUGUAUGCGAUAGAGGCUGUAUUUUUCAAUUGAUCUCCAUGAAUUUUGGUCAGAAUGAUAACCUUGAUAAAAUCUAGGCCGAUUUUGAAAAUUGGUCAUCUGGGGUCAAAAACUAGGUCACUAGGUCAAAUCAAAGAAAAAGCUUGUGUAUGCGAUAGAGGCUGUAUUUUUCAAUUAAUCUUCAUGAAUUGUGGUGAGAAUGAAUGCCUUGAUCAAAUCUAGGUCAAGUUCGAAUAUGGGUCAUCUGGGAUCAAAAAGUAGGUCACUAGGUCAAAUCAAAAGAAAAGCUUGUGUAUGCGAUAGAGGCUGUAUUUUUUAAUUGAUCUUCCUGAAAUUAAGUCAAAAUGAUAACCUUAAGGUAUUAGACCCGCUAAAAUAGACUACCUCCUUUUUGAAGAAUUUAAUUCAUACAUUAAACCUACUUUGACUGCAGGGGUGCGUAGGUUCAAGCCCCACUGGGACCAAAUUUGUUUUCCUUAUUUUCAUUUCUUUCUAGUAAGUUUUUACUUCUUUCAAGACUUGAUUUAUUGUACAAAAAAUGACAAUUUUCAUUUGAUAAGCGAUUUCUUGCUGUUCAAAGGGAAUUUACCUCUGAAACAGAAGGGGUAGAGUUAGACAUCUUUAAAUAUACUGAGUUACAUGCGGUUAAAGUUCGCACUUUGGCCUUCACUCUUUAGACUACAUAUUGUGGAAGAAAUGUAGGUAGGUUUUACUUCUGCCUCAUGGUUAUUUUUGAAUGAAGUGAGCAAUAUCCAAAACAGACCCGCAGGAUUCGACCUUAAUUUUUCAAUGUUGGAGUUAGAAUUCUGUCUCAUUAAAUCCUUUUACUUGAGGUACCCUAAAAAAAUGAUAUUGUUAGUUUUAUUUUGUGUUUUAUAAUUGUUUACCAAUAGUUUGAUGUCUCUUUUAUGAAAAUUAAUGGUAUUAUGAAUCCUCUGCAAACGUUUUGGAUAGUGGCCAUCACUUUGAAAUUUGUCUCUACUUGAGCUUGAGGAAAUACCAUAAAUUACACAGUUUACCAAUUAUUUUCAUAUAUGUGGCUGGAUAACACCCACGUAGGCAUUUUUUGAAGAUGCACCUUUUAUGUGUUAUAUGAGAAGUAUAUGAUAUAAGUAGUUCAAUGAUGCCGGUAGUCACAAUUCUAAGGUUAUAUUAAUGUCAAGAAAUUAGGUCAAAGGUCAUUAAGUGCAGUUUUUACAGAUUUCACUUAUAUUGCGUUAUAUCUUCGCCAUUUGAUGAAAUAAGUGAACAAAAACGGUAUUUAAUUGAAGCCAAUGUAUUUAACUAUGAAAUAAAAUCACUAUAUGCAAAUUAGCUCAUUUGCAUAUUUAUAAAUAUUAAUGAAAGUGACAAAAUCGUACAAAAUUACGAUAAAAAAUUGGCAUGUAUGUACAGCUGUGCAAUAUUUUUUUAACAAAUAAUCAAGGCCUUUGAGUGGUUUAUCGUCUAGUUUACCACGGUUCAGAGUUCAGAUGCGUAGGAUUUUAACCACGAUGGCGUUAGCCUGAGUGGUUAAAUGAACCGUGGUAAAUUAGACGAUACAUCACAAGAAGGCGUUGGUUGUUUUCAUUUUGGCAUGCCAAUUGACAUAUUUUAAUAAAUAUUAUGCUGGACUUCAUUUAACCGAGGAGUAAUGUAUCGUACGUCAGGCGGCAUUUUGACGUCAUAGUUGUCGUCAUAAUUCUCUCUUACCGGUCCGCGCGUCAAGCGUUUUUUAUCGCAGAAUAUGCAGAGCUUGAUUUCCUUCUUUGUUUAACUGGAAAUCAAAUCGAGCCAUGUUAGAAUGUUUUAUAUAUAAUGUUCAUGAUUUGAACAACAGAAAGGUAACAAAUGAUAUGUGGGAUACUUAUCUAUUGACGCCAUCAUAUGUGUUUUAUGUGUAGAUACUACUUGAAGUGGAUGGGGUGAGCUGACUUCUGACCAACUGUUAUCUUCAGCACAAGUGUAUAUUUGUUUUCACAAUUGCAAGGCAGUUAUUUUGUAUUAGGUACAUAUCUGCCGGUUUGUUCAAAAUGUGAACCUAUGUCACACAGCAAAUAUGACUGCCAUUUUUUUCAAGGUAAGAAUGUUCAAAAGUAUGCAUAUUAUAUGAGCGUUUACAUAUGUUUUAACGUAAUGUAUUGCAGUAUUAACAUUGAUAAAUACAAUUGAUAAUAAGACCAUACGCUGCCAUGUAAGAAGCCUCAGAUAACCAAUAUGGUGCUAAUUUUUCAAAACGACUGCCAAAAGUCAAUAUGUUAAGGUUUCUUUGCAUAUGUUAUAGAGUCUACAGAGUUGUUUUAUGUAGCUUAGUAUAGUAUUGUGAUUAAAAAACAACAUUGCUAUUUUAAAUCAGGUUGACACCAUCUCAAACAACCAAUAAGACAGCCACUUUUCACAAUGGCCGUCAAGAAGUCAGUAUGUUCAGUUUUUUUAAUAUACUGGAGAAUGUACAAAAGGUUUUAUGUAAGGUUUUACAGUAUUUUGACGGAUAAUUAAACAAUAUACUUUUUAAAACAUA